ACCAGGCCGGUUGCGCGCGCAGAACGCCGGCGUACGGGAGCGGCUCAAGAUGGCAGCCGCCGUGUUCCGGGCUUCGCUGAGGGGCUGGAGAACCGGCGUCCAGCCGGGCUGCGGGCUACGGCGGCUGAGCCACACACAGGGGCCUCCCGAUUACCCGAGCUUUGUGGAGUCUACGGAUGAAUACCAGUUUGUGGAGCGCCUAUUACCCCCUACCAGCAUCCCAAAGCCCCCAAAGCAUGAACAUUAUCCCACUCCUAGUGGCUGGCAGCCACCCAGAGACCCCCCGCCCAACCUCCCCUACUUUGUGCGGCGCUCUCGUAUGCACAAUAUCCCCGUCUACAAGGACAUCACACAUGGCAACCGCCAGAUGACUGUGAUCCGAAAGGUGGAGGGGGACAUUUGGGCCCUGCAGAAGGAUGUGGAAGAUUUUCUGAGUCCACUGCUGGGGAAGACCCCUGUCACCCAGAUCAAUGAGGUGACAGGUACCCUGCGGGUCAAGGGCUACUUUGACCAGCAGCUUAAAGCCUGGCUCCUGGAAAAGGGCUUCUGAGGCCCUCCUGAGCAGCCUGCCUGACAGCAGCCCCCGAAAACAAGAGUCCGGGGUGGGUGUGGGAGGGAGAUGGCUGAGGGCCGCGGGUAUAAAUGGCAGGGCUAAGUGCAUAGACAGGUUAAAGUGAGGGCUAAGGACUUCAGAGCAGGCCUUGCUCACAUCAGGGGGGAACGGGACCUUGUACACAGGUGCCAGCUUGGGGGAGGGCUGUCUGACAUUGGACUCUGCCUUCAUUGGAGCUUGCUGGGCUCAGCUCUUCAACUUCUGGAGGUUGUUGACUGCCCCUCUGGUGGAGUAGCCCAACCCAGUUUAGGGGAGGGCAGCACAGGGCAAACCCACUGAGUACAUUCCUUCCUUGGUCCUCAGACCCUCACUACGGCCGUCGCCCCAGGCCAGACCCGGCUUGGUGGAGGCUAUGGAGAACUUGGAUAACGCAGGCAUGGGUCCUGGAGGUCUUCAGUUCCAAGUGCAGGACUGGGCAGCAGCAUAGAGCACCCACGUCCGCCCCGGGCUCAUUCUUUUUACCCUUGGAGAAGUAGGCGGCCUAGUCGCCUUUGCGUCAUUCUAGGCCAGGGCCGGACCUGACUGGGUUUCUAGCUCCAGGAAGCUAAGGAAUUAGCUUCAGCUGGUCUGUCUGUGCGGGGGUGCUGGGGAGAUUCCGGCGGUCCAGCACAGAGCAAGCCAUCCUUUCCAGCUUCCUGACCUGGUACCAGGUGGCCAAGGGCUCCGCAGGAAGGAAGACGCUGGCCUUUUGCCCCUGCCAUCCCAUCCCACCCUGGGCCCCUGAAUCGGCAAACUUGCCUCGUUCUUGGGAGUUAUAAAAGCGUAACCUCCCCAGGGCUCAGUUUCUUCAUUUGGAAAAUGGGGUAUUGUCAUUAAUGGUUUAAUGGCUUGUCUAAAUAAACCAUCCCCCCUGGGGAGUCUCAAGUCUGUAGCCUGAGCAAGAUGACGACUCCCGGCGCACUGAUGCGGUGACACCAGCUCCACCAUCAUUAAUGCAAGUCUUUAUUUGGCGGUAUAUACAAUUUAAGCUAUUAAAAUUUGUACAAUAUUUACAAAUUAAAUAAUCAUCUGAAACUGU